UUUGGGAAUUAGGUUGAGCAUUAAAAGGUUAUUACCCAAGUUAAUCUUCAAUAAGAGUGCGUUACCUUCUUCCAGUACUUUUGAAAAUUUAUAGCAUUCUUUGGGUUCCUUCGAAGCUGCCUUAGCUGCUGCUACAGCUGGUGCAACUCAUCGGAAGAAGGAGAAUGCGCCACCACCGAAAGAGGUGAAGGAGGAGUAUUCGGAUGAUGACGACAUUCCUUGGGCCGAACGUAUGGCUAAGGAGAAGAACGAGAAAUCCAGCGAAAAGAAGAAAGAGAAGAAACGAAAGGCGAGCAGCGAUAGUGAAGACGAGUACAAACCUGAGGUCGAUGAUGAGGAAGAUAUUCCAUGGUCCGAAAGGAUUAAAAGAGAGAAGUUGUCGUCAUCUGCAAGUAAAAAACCAAAAAUAGAAGAGGAUUCGGACUACGAAGAAGUGCAUGUAAAAAAGGAUAGAAGGAAGAAGAAAGAUUAUAGUGAUAGUGAGGAUGAUUACGCGAAACCUAAAAGUGAGAAGAAGAAGAAAACGAAAAAAGACAAAGAACCGAAAGAAAAAAAAGCUUCGUCUUCCAAGAAAUCAAAGAAGGAGGAGAAGAAAGAAGUGGGCGAAACAACAAAGAAAAAGAAGAAGAAGGAGGAAGAAGAGGAAGAAAUUUGGGAGUGGUGA